ACUUUUCUAAGUAUAUAUAAAGACGGAGGGUCGACAUCAGUGCUAUCAGUUACCUUCGUUCACUUCAACCAGUAACAUCGUGUGACAACGAUUUAAAGUGCAUUCAGUGAAAUCUGUCAGUGACACUACUCUAGAUCGACAUGCAUUCCCUACAGAUUGUGUUCGGCGUAGCCGUGAUGGCCGUAGCCUGCGCCGCCGUUGAGUACCACGCACCGGUGAUCGCCUACCACCACGCCGAGCCCGAGCACUACGCUCCCGCCAAGUACUCGUUCGAGUACGCCGUCAAGGACGAGCACACCGGAGACAUCAAGAGCCAGCACGAGGUGAGGGAGGGCGACUCGGUCAAGGGAUACUACACCCUCGUGCAGCCCGACGGCAAGAAGAGGAUCGUCGAAUACACCUCCGAGCACAAGGACGGAUUCAACGCCAUUGUCCACUACGAGGGAGAAGCCAAGGCUUAUGCCCCAGCCCCCAAAUACGCCCCCGCCCCUGUCUACAAAUACGUUGCACCAGCCCCAGUCUACAAGUAUGUAGCUCCCGCUCCAGUCUACAAGUACUCCGCACCUGCCCCCGUCUACAAAUACUCUGCCCCCAGCUACUCCGCCCCCAAACACGCCGCUUACACCACCACCUCUUUCCACACACCCCAUUUCUCCUACAAGUUCCACAAGAAACCACGCCUUCUACAACUGAUCCAAUACAAAAGUGUCAUCAUCUUAGAUACCUAUCCGCAGCUACAUCACAACUCACCACCAGAAAUGGCUUCCUACCAGAUCGCUUUCGUAGCCCUUAUGAUGGCAGUCCAGGCUCUGGCCCAAUACCACCAGGCUCCAGCAUACCACCAGGCACCAGCAUACCACCACGAGGAGGAGUACUACGCUCCCCCCAAGUACGAGUUCGAGUACGCCGUGAAGGACGACCACACCUACGACAUCAAGUCGCAGAAGGAGAGCCGCGAGGGUGACUACGUCAAGGGAUACUACAGCCUUCUCCAGCCCGAUGGCAAGACCAGGAUUGUCGAGUACACCUCCGACAAGAAGACCGGAUUCCUCGCCAACGUGAGAUACGAGGGAGAAGGCAAGCCCUAUGCUCCCGCCCCCAAGUACGCUGCCGCCCCCUCAUAUUCUGCCCCAUCAUACUCUGCGCCAUCAUACUCUGCCCCUAAGUACGCUGCUGCCCCCUCAUAUUCUGCACCCAAGUAUGCCGCUGCCCCAUCUUACUCUGCCCCCUCAUACUCCGCCCCCAAGUACGCUUCAUCCGGCUACUCAUCAGCCUCCAUCUCCACCCCCCACUUCACCUACAAGCACUAAUCACUAUCAUACCAAAAAUGAUCUUACUCACUGUAAAUAUCAUCUUCAACACAAAAGUACCUCUCCUUAUCUUAUUUAUUAGAUACAUUUUGUAUUUUUGUAAUAAAAAUUGUUAAAAAAA